AAGGCCCUUGAGGUUUUGAAAAACAAGCCACAGAUGAGGGCAGCCCGACUGGCUUGUCUGGUAUUUCUCAAUGGGCGUCGACCGACGGGGGCUCCGCGCGCUCAUUCAGCUGGGCGCACCUGCGCGGCACAAGGGCGCUUCCCGCACGAGCGUGAUGAUGGUUUCUGUUCUGAAGGAGAAAAUGAAAAGAAUACCCACGCUAACUAAACAGAAUGUGAUUGCAAAGAGCACAGGCAGUGUUAGCGGCAGCACAAAGGGUUUUAAGGACUUCGUGUUACGGAGGGAACCUGAGGAGGACGAUGGAAGCUUUGACAACAAGGAGAUGCUUUUACAAAUUGAGAGGGAUUACAUGGAAGCUGCUAAGAGGAACGACGUAGCAACAAUGACACUUCUUGGAAAGAACGUUAACCACAAUGCCAAGAAUGUUCAUGAUCGCACAGCCCUUCAUUUUGCAGUAGCUGGUGGCCAUCGAGACGUCGUAGAGCUUUUAGUGAAGCGGAAAGUCCGAGUGGACGUUGCUGAUAAGUAUGGAAUCACACCACUUCAUCUUGGGGCCUGGUUUGGCUACGCGGACAUCAUGAGAAUGCUGGUACAGGAAGGUGCAAACCAGAAGGCUCUUAAUCAGGAAGGGAUGAAUAUCUUGCAUUGUGCUGCUAUCAAUAACCACAUUGAGGUUUUUAAAUACAUUAUUGAUGACCUACAGAUGAAAGAUUUGGAUGCUCAGGAUAAGUCUGGAAAAAAACCUUUCCACCUAGCAGCUGAACAUGGCAGUGCUGAAAUGGUUAAGAAAAUGAUGGAAGAAGACUACCAGCUGUCCACCACAGAGAAAGAUAACGAAGGUAAUACACCAUUACAUCUUGCAGCAAAAAACGGCCACACUGAAGUAGUAAAAUCACUUCUUAGAACACUUCAGGAACGUAAUGAACUUAAUGAGGCUGGAGAAAGCGCUUUACUUCUGGCAUGUGAAGGAGGCCAUGAGGACUGUGCUGAGGUUUUGCUUCAGGCUGGAUAUGACGUCAGCAUUGUCACAAAGGAGGGAAGAAGUGUUUUACAUCGGGUUUGUGAAUCAGGUUGGACAUCCUUAGUAAAACUUCUGAUUAAUAAUGGAGCUGACAUAAACCAUCAAAAUCAAAACAAGUUGGCACCCAUUCAUCUGGCAGUUAUGAAGGGUCACAUCCCGGUCAUCCACACCUUGAUAGAAGCAGGAUGCAACAUUGACAUCACCGACAAUAGGAAGCAAACAGCGUUGCACUUAGCAGCUGAGCUUGGAAAAGCAGACGUAGUGGAAAUGCUGCUGAAGGCUAAUUGUGACCUUACACUUCAAGACAAGCAAGGGAAAACUGCACUUGGAGUGGCAGCAAGAGGAAACUAUGUAAUUAUUGUUGACAUGAUUAUUAAAGGAGAGCGAUAUUUCACAUGGAAAAAGGACAAUGCCAUUCACAACGAUACUAUUGGAAGAGAAUUUCCACUGACCUUCAAAUUUGACCACAAAACAGAGAACAAGCAGAUCCGUGGAAUCAUGUGGAACCUGGCCUACAACCAGCUAAAGGACAAUGACUGGAGGAAGCUGGCAGUGGAAUGGCAUUUUACUGAGCCUCAGAUCCAAGCCAUUGAGGAACAGUGGAUAGGCCCAAAGAGCUAUCAGGAACACGGUCACAGGGCGUUGUUAAUAUGGCUUCAUGGGGUACAGAUGACAAACCAGAAUGCUGGAAAAGAGCUCUUCGAAGGCUUGGCUUCAAUUGGACGCAAGAACAUGGCUGAGAAAAUCAGAGAGGAAAAUGCUGGACCAGAACCAAAGAAAUGCACCAUUUCCUGAAAACUGAUCACUUAAAUGAGCCUUCUGGGAAAAAAGUUCACAUUUUUGUCUGACAGACUGUACAGGGAGGGACCUUCUAGAAACAGUAUUUUGUUGUAUCAAUGAAAAGAAGAAAAAAAAAUGAUGGACUUUUAACUGCUGCCUGGAAAUUAGCAAUGAGAACUCACUACUACUGUAUGUACUUGGCUUGUUCAGCUCUUUAAAUGAAAUGAUCUUAACAUGGAGUAUCUGUGACUUCAGUGUUUCUCAGCCCGUGGAUCUGGUUGUGGUCUGCCAUUGGUGGGCCGUACUCAGGUGACAGGCACCCGCUCUGACAAUCACGCUCAGUUCAGCAGCAAGGGGGAACUCUGAUUUACACGAGCAAUUCAACAGGGGGAACGGGAAGACACUUACAUGGGGGACAAUAAAUGGGACGCAACAUCUGAAAGGAUGAGAAACCCUGUCAGACUCUAAAGAAGGCUCAAUCCGAAAAGACCCAGAUGUUUGCAGCGGUGGUCCUGUGGUUCAGAUCCAGGGCAUUUUGUUGUUUUGUGCUAAUUUUCCUCCCGCAGCCUAAAGUUGUGCAUUUUAGGGUAACUGGGGCUUAUAACUGGCCUGCUGUAAGUGAAUGUUGUGAAGGCCCCUGGUCCUGUCAGGUUAGGUUAAUAAUGGACAGACUCGUGUUUGUAGAUUGCAAUUCAGGGAUAAUGAAUUAUAAGAAGGUAUAUUCCGUCAUAAUGCUAACAUUCCGGUGACUACAGUACCAGUAAAUUCACACACACGUCAGCGUUUUAUACACCUGAAUUCUACUCCAUUAUUGACGGCGAUUUUCAUGCUAGCCAUCAGUGCAGAACGAUGUUAUGAAAGCUGGGGGUCAAACAGCUGCAGUGUAGCAGGUCUGUUUGGGUUAUGUCGCAGUAUUUGUCACUUAUUUAAAGAAUUUAUUUGUAUUUGUUAAUAUGCACAACAGAAGGGAUUAUAUUUCUUCACGUUUUUGCUAAAAUAGGAAGAGUUACGGACUGGUUGAGAAAUCUGAUACUGAAGCAGCAACCUCACUGCCUUUUCCCUUGGCCAUGGCAAUGUUUUAAUUUGAAAAAGUGUUGAAUUAAAUUAUUUUGGUACAUAAA